CACAAAACUGUCCGAGGUCUGCCUGGAGCCCAGAUCCCAUGGAGGCAGCGGGCUGUAGCUACCAAUUCCGGAUCGCUCUGCUCGGGGACGCCGCGGUGGGCAAGACGUCACUGCUGCGGCGCUACGUGGCGGGCGCUCGGGGUGCGGUGGAGCCGGAGCCGGAGCCCACUGUGGGCGUGGAGUUCUACAGUCGCGCGCUGCAGCUGCCCGCCGGGCUGCGGGUCAAGCUGCAGCUCUGGGACACCGCGGGUCACGAGCGCUUCAGGACCAUCACCCGAUCCUUCUACCGGAACAUGGUGGGCGUUCUGUUAGUUUUCGAUGUGACCAACAGAGAAUCUUUUGAACACAUCCAAGCCUGGCACCAGGAGGUUUUAUCCUCUCAGGGCCCUGACAAGGUGAUCUUCUUACUGAUUGGCCACAAGUGCGACCUGAGCAGCCGAAGUGUCUCCACCCAGGAGGCAGAGGAACUGGCUGCCUCUCUGGGCAUGGCCUUCAUGGAGACCUCGGCCAAAAGUAACUGCAAUGUGGACCUGGCAUUUGACACUGUCGCCCGCGCCAUCGAACAGGCCCUGCAGCAGGGGGACAUCAAGCUGGAAGAGGACUGGGCAGGUGUCCGGCUCCUCCACAGAGCCCCAAACCCCAGAUCUCCCAGCAGAAAGCAGGACUCAGGCCCAUGCCAGUGUUGACUCUGGGAGAGAAAGGGUUACAGUGGUGCCAGCCUCAGACUCCCCAGGGGACUAGAGGGCAAAUGACAAGACACUGACUCCUGACAUGUUCCUGGCUUCUAAUUCUUGGCCCUUUUUUUUUUUUUUUGGUCAAGAUUGAACACAGGGCUUGGCCAGCCACAGAUGUCUUCAGCCCUUUUAUCUCUUAUGUCUUCAGAAUGAUCUUGCUCAGUCCCCAGGCUAGCCUUGAACCUCAGCCUCUUGAGUGAUUCCACUAGGCCUGGCCCUCUCGUGGGUUUUUAGUUCACAGCACAACCCCUUUCUAGAGAGAAAUCUAAGCUCGGGUACGCAAGUUAAUGUCAUUUAGCCAAGUUUCCUUAUCUAUCGGUGUGACGUGGCAGUCCACAAAUGCCCAUAAUUCCCAAACUUGGAGGCAGGACAAAGAUGUCCUCAGCUUCAGAGAAUUCAAGGUCAGCCUGGACUACAGGAGACUAUUGCAAAAAACAAGAAUAAAAACA